GGACAAAUAAGGAUAUAGCAUUUUACCAGUCUGGAGGGGACCUGCUUGUUUCAAAAUGCGAACCAGAAAGACACUAUUAUCUGUAAUAUUAAUCUGGUUUGAAUGUUACUAUAUCCAUGAUGAACAUCUACGGGUAUACAAACCCUGAUUCUAAGCCCAAAAAAGAUCUUAGCAUCGAAGACUGGAGACCUAUAUGCUUGCGCAAAAAUAAUUAUAAAGUUCCGGCCUCAAUAAUUGCCAAAAAAAAACUAAAGCUGUUCUGGAUUCUGUUAUUAGUGAAACAUAAUCAGUGUUUAUGCAAAACAGACAUAUUUCCAACAAUAUACGGUUCGUUUUAGACAUCAUGAAUUAUUCUCACCUAAUUUCAAAUGAGAGAUAUUCUUUAAAUUAAUUCAUUUUUUAUAACUCCUACAUUGAAACUGUUACAAUAAUUUAGUAAUAUUUUUUAAAGCGUAGGAAGGAACCACUAUCACAUGUCCCGGGUUAGUGUCGGAUUGUUUUGAUUGAUGUACACCCUCUAGCGGAAAUCGUCUUUAGCAAUAUUAAUUUACACGCUCACACCGAUUACAGCUUUAAAAUAAAGACCCUUUGAGAUCACUUAUCUCUGGGUUGUCGCCCAGGGGACACGUAGGUUUGAAAAAUUACAGUAUGCAGUAAUGAAACUUAAAGAGUUAGAGAGUUGCUUACAGCAAGUGGACGUAUUUGAAGAGCCAAAAAUCCUUCUUGAGCAAUAUCCAACCAGUCCUCAUAUUGCAGCAUGCAUGCUUUACACCAUCCAGAGUACGUUUGAUGACAUUGGGGGUAAACUAGUGGCAGAUUUGGGAUGCGGCUGUGGAGUCCUUAGCAUCGGGGCUGCGAUGCUCGAUGCAGGUUUGUGCGUUGGCUUCGACAUUGACAGUGACGCACUGAACAUAUUCAAAAGAAAUGCAGAGGAAUUUGAGAUUUCUAACGUGGAUCUGGUUCAGUGUGACAUGUGUUCUCUGGAUGCAGAUGCUUAUGCCAAAAAAUUUGACACUGUAAUAAUGAAUCCACCAUUUGGAACAAAGCACAACCCAGGAAUGGACAUGAAGUUUCUGAGGGCCGCUUUAACAAUGGCAAAGACAUCAGUGUACUCACUUCAUAAAACAUCAACACGAGAGCACAUACAAAAGAAGGCUAAUGACUGGGGAAUAAAGAUGGAGGUAAUAGCAGAGCUAAGGUACGACUUGCCAGCAUCUUACAAGUUCCACAAAAAGAAAUCGGUUGACAUCCAGGUGGAUUUCCUACGAUUCGCCAAAGCCUGAAGCUUCCACUGGAAUGGAUUUAAGUUGCCUCUGCAUUUUCA